GUCACUUCAGUGAGAAGGAGUCAAAUCCAGAAGGGAGUGCAUAUGUGUGUCUAUGUGUGUUCAAUUUAACGGCGAAGCCUUCACUCAACAGCGAUGGCAGUCCACACAUCCAGGAUGUUUUCGUUGCUCCUUAUAAUGACAGUUUUUUUUGUGGCUUUGAUUCUAUCUCAGGAAAAGUUAUCAAAACGUUGGAUAACUUUCUCAGGAAAACAUGAACUCCGAUGGGAAAGCAUUUCGUUUGAUAUUAAACUCUGGGGACAGAAAGAAAAAACAACUGCACUGCUUUCUGUGUCUACCACAACCAGCCCAGCAAAAAAUGUUGAUUCAACACAAACAAACCCAGUGACAGAACCGAAAUACUCUACACAUGGAGCCGUGGCUGAGACUCCAAUACCUCUCCUCUACCAAGGAAAUUUCACAAAGGCUCCUCAGUGGGAUUUUGAUGAUGUCUAUAACCAGGAUGCCCCACCCAGACCAACAACAUGUGCCCAAUCACUGCAAAACUCUCAGGAUGAGAACUUCAAGAAGGGUUUUCUUCCCAACAUACGUUUGUUUCUGCACAAGGACAACAUUAACAUGAGCGAGUGGAAUCGCCUUUCACAUUUUAACAAUCCUUUUGGGUUUAUGGAGUACAAAUAUGAUGAAGUGAUGGCUUCAGUGAAGCUGAUUCCAAAGCCAAAAGAGCCACUGCUCCUCCCAAAACCAGGGGGCGAUGGCUGUGUUCACUGCGCUGUGGUGGGUACUGCGGGAAUUCUGAACGGCUCAAAAGUGGGUGCAGAGAUCGAUGCUCAUGAUUACAUUUUUCGGAUGAACGGUGCCGUUACCAAAGGUUUUGAGGAAGAUGUAGGAAAUAGAACAUCAGUGUACGUUCACACAGCGUACUCCAUCACUGCAUCACCUUCUGUUUUUGGGACAUAUGGAUACAAAUCUGCCCCUCAUGAUGAGGGAAUAAAAUAUGUGAUGAUUCCUGAGGGAAUAAGAGAUUUUCAAUGGCUCGGGGGUCUUCUCAAAGGGCAGCAGAUCUCUGGUGGCCAAUUCGACAAGGAAUGGCCAAGGGACUACUAUUCAGGGCAGUACAAUGAGAGCCGCUUCUACGUUCUACACCAGGACUUCCUCCGAUACGUGAGGAACAGGUUCCUAAAGUCACCUAAUCUGAAUGAAACAUUCUGGCCAUUAGUCAGACCAACCAACGGAGCGUUCACUCUCUUCCUGGCUUUGCACACAUGUGAUACAGUGGAUGCAUAUGGGUUCAUGACUGAUGAAUACAUGAAAUACUCCAACUACUAUUUUGAGAAGUACAUUAAAAGUAAUGUCAUUUUCUAUGCCAACCAUGACUACAUUUUGGAGAAGAAUACAUGGAAAAACUUUCACAAAAGAAAAAUAAUAAAGCUGUUUCAAAGAACGGAGCCAGAAACAAAGACAGAAACCCCGAAGCAACACUGAGUUCCCUCUUAAUGACAGAACCCACACCAUUGCUCUGUUGAUAUUCAAAGCUUGUUUCAGGCAGCACGUUGGUGCAGUGGUUAGCCUAAGAAAGUCCUGUGUUCAAAUCCACCAUAUCGCCAGGGACUAAGAUCCAGCCCCCCUGUGACCCUCAACUGGAUAAGUGGAAGAUGGAUGGAUGGAUGGAUGGAUAGAAUGAAGGUGAUCUGAUUUGUUCUAAUUUGUUUGGGAUGUUUUGCCAAUCCUAAAGGGGUCCUCAGUCCAGUAUAUAACAACAUCACAAGCAGAAAUCUUUAAAUUAAAGACAUUGAAACAUCUUGUCAGCCUAAAGGUUUAUUCCAUGGGACUUUUUGAAAAAGAAAAAGAAAAAGAAGUGUAUGUCUGUAGGUUAUUUUUUAUAUUAUGAGACAACCUGAUUGCUUUUAGCUGAAGGUAAAAGGACUCCUCCAAGGUUUAUAACUCUAAACUGUAACUAAAUUGUCUCAAGGUUUAGAUUAUUUAUUGUCAUUAUGUUACAAGAACGUAACAAAAAUUUCAGUGGUGCCCUCAGUGAUAAAGAAAAUACAAAAAAGAUCAAUAAAUAAGAUUAAAACAGGGCAAAAAAUCAAAAAGUUAAAUGGAGAAGACUUUAGCACUCUUUAGAGUACAUGCAUACUGAUAUGCAAAGAAAAGUUGAUGAUACUGUAAACAAACACGUAUGGAUCAGUAUUUAAGGUUUGACUCUCAUCAUCCACUGGAGCACAAAUUGGGUGUCAUCAGGACACUACAACAUGGAGCGAACACCAUCCCCACAGUUACAGUGGCCAGGGAAGCAGAAGAACAUAUCGUGAUUAUGCCAGCUGGACAUUUGUUAAAGCUGGGAAGGCACCUAAUGAAAACUUCAGCCAAUCCAGGAGAGAAAGACAACCGCUGACUGAGCGAAAACCCUUAGUGAUCUCUUACGUGUCAGGAGUAUUGCAGCAGUUGAGACACAUUCUCUUUAAACUCUUUGGAUUACAAACCUCAAAACGCACUGCGCCAAAGAUUGGCCCACCCCAAGGAUCGGAUUCCCCGACACAAACAGAGUAACAUAGAUUACGUUGUUAGGUGCCAGGAGGAUUGUCAUGAUUUAUACGUCGGGGAACCCGACCUGGCUAAGCAGAUGGGACAACACGGAAAAGCUAACUCGUCAGGCCAGGACUCCACAGUCUAUUCACACCUACACGCCAGUGGACACUGUCAAUGAUGAGGAUAUACACAGGGAGCAAUGCUGGUUUGAGUGGGGAGUCAAGGAGGCCAUUUACGUAAAAAGGGAAAAAGUGAAAAGGGCAAGACAUCUUUUGUAUUUAUUGUUUCAGUCUUGUGUUGAGUUGCCCCACAUUAUUGUGUGUUCCCUUCUUUUUCUGAGAGUCUCCUACUGUUUGUUACUAUUUCCAUUCCCAUUAUAUCCCAGUAAAUCCUUAAUUUUUGCUUUCAGUUUUUGGAUAGCGUUUUCCCUUCAAAGCACUUUUUCAUUUCUUAUUCAGAUAUUCAAGUAAAUUCAAAUAAAAUGUGCAAACAGCAAUAGCACUGUCGAAUACUGAAAGCCUCAGCCAACGUUUUAGAAGCCUGAAAUCCCCUCAAUCACAUUCCUUUUUGCAAUUCAAAUAAAAAAAGAACUGCUCCCUUCAGGAUUCAAAUCAUCAGAACCACUUUGUAUCGCAUCCUUCACUAUCUUACUACAAGUAAAAGGUGGUGUCUGUCAAACAUGGCCAACAUGUUUGUUCUGUUUGUUUUUUCCUUAUUGAAAAAUCGUUCGAUCACCCCCUUCUUUGAGUGCAUGCAACCUAACCUUUUCAAAGUAAUAGCUUCAACUUACUUAACACGUACAUUUUCAGAUUCUGAUACUAUAACAAUUUGCAUUUUAUUUUAGUAAAUAUUUAGUAUAUUUUUGUUACUGUACAAUGCAAUGAUAGUGUUAAGUUAAUUAAUUAAAAAUAAAAUGCUCAACUGUACUAAAUAAGUACAGAAUUACUUAUAAGCAGGGUUAAUUGUUUUUAAUUGUGUCAGAAGCACAAAUAAUAAUAUUUGUUGUCAAAAUUGAUCAAAUCAUAUUGAUUUCUUGAAUAUGCUUUUUUGUAUAUAUACAACUGCUGCAAUCCCACUCUAAUUAAAGGAAUUCUAUACCAAAAAUACUGCAAAUGUAACAGUUAUUCACUUGACGAGUAACUCAGGCAGCUUGAAACACUAGAUUUAUUUUUGCAUAAAAGCACAGUGUGGAUAAACCGAAUCUCUUUUAAAGGGGUAGUUUUAAAUGAAGUUUAACGAGAGAAGAAAUUCU